GCGGAGCGUAAAUGUUUUUUAAUUUACUAUUGAAAUAAAAUUAAAGAAAAAACAUUUCGAUAUAUAUAUACAUAUUUAAUUGUUGUUGAAAAAUUGUUAAUUAAUCCGCUGUGUCCAAAUGAAAUCAAUCAACUAAAGUCAGUAUUAGAAAAGCAUCUACGAAAGUAAAAUAAAAAGCCAAUAAAUUUAUACAUAUAAUAGAAAAUUAUUUAAUAGACAACGACAUAAGGGGAAUAGUUGAUGAAUUAUUAGAGUAAAGAAAAAUUUUAAAAUGAAUCUCGAAGUGGAAUUAAUUGCUGGAGUUGUUAAGGGAGGACCUCCUCCUGCCCACCUGCCAGCACCACGACUUAUCAAGAUAUUCAUCGCUGGUGAACGUGAUGAGUUUCCUGAAGAACGGAAGCUAUUGCUGGAAUCAAUCGGACCCGAGUUGCAAUCAAUCUAUGAUGAUAUGGGAAUUGAAGUAUUAUUAGUAGACAUGCAGUAUGGUACAAGCCGAAAUCCAGACUCUGAUCCCCACUUAGCUGAAUUAUUUCUAGAGGAAAUAAAUGCUUCCCACCGACACUCAAGAGGAUGCUUUUUUCUCCUUCUUGUUGGAAUGGAUUACAAUACUGGAUGGGUUCCAACUCAAUUAAAAGAGGACAUUUUUCAUACUCUUCUAACUCACUCGUCAUCACUCAGUGAUUAUUAUCAGCAUAAAGACCAUUAUUAUAUUCUAAAGGCCAACAGUGAGGAAUCAUCCCAAGAAAACUGGCAAGUAAAUCAAGAUGGUUUUCUUCGAGAUAUCUUGAAAACUACUGCUCAGUCAGCAUUAUCAGAUGAUCCUACCAACGCAGAUCUGGAAGAUGUGCUCAAGAGCUCAGCAGAACGUCAGCUGGAUUACGCAUUAAAUCUUGAUAAGGAAGGCAAAGGUAUCGUGACUAUAAUUCGACAGGCUGCAGAUCCUUCCGAAGUAUCUCCUGAAUGUCAGAGAUUGAUAAACAAAUUAGAAAGCUCCCUGGAGAAGGAUAAUAUAAUAAAAGUGACAGCAGUCAAUAAAACAGAUGAAGCUAGUGAUAGUUAUGAUGAUUAUCUUGCUAAACUUCGCCGACAAGUUUUAGACCGACUGCAAAUUCUAGUUAAUGAGUCUGUUGAAGCAGCUCCUGAGAUAAAGAGUCGGAAAAAAAUGGUACAAGAGAUUUAUGCUGAGAGUUUGGCGCAGUUGUCUCUUCUAAGGGAAGUCCAUCCAGCAGAGGAAGACGAUGAGGUAGUGAUGAGGGUGAAGAAACUUCUGAUAGCUGGGAAGAACCAAAAACAUGGGCCUAUUUUCAUACACGGUGGUAAAUGCAGUGGAAAGUCGUCAAUUUUAGCAACAGUCUAUCAGAAGGUUGAUGAAUGGCUGGGACCAACAAUGAAAGUAGUACGAUUAUGCACCGCAACGCCUAGAUCGGCCUACAGUCUAGAGCUUCUUCGAGUUCUCUGUCAACAUAUUGGCUUUCUCACCGGAAGUAAUGACGGAAAUUUACCUAGAGAUGCAUCGUUUCACCCUCUGUACUUAAAUAAUUGGUUUAGUGAAAUAUUACGGAUGAUAGAAGAUAGUAAUCAACAUCAAUUAAUCGUGUUAAUAGACGAUCUUCAUCGGUUACAUCCUCUCGAGUCUGAUAUCUGUGUCGCAUUGUCAUGGCUACCACUUCAACUUCCUCCCGGUAUUUUUUUUAUCUUCACCACGACCGUUCCUGUAGACUCAUUAAAAAUGACUACGAUCCAGAAAGAGAGAUUCAAACAUCCAGAUGUGUUAAUUGAAAUAUCACCGAGCAGAAAUUUAGUGCUAGAUAUUGAGUCAGAGCUGGAUAAAUUGGAGAAAAUGGUUGGCUCUAAAGCAGCGAAUAGGCUAGGAUGUUUUUUAGCAUGCACAGAAUAUGGACUAUCAGAAACUGAGGUUCUAGAAUUAAUUAUGCCAACGGGAGAUGAUGAACCUCUAGAGCUAUCAGCUGGACAAUUUAAUUUCGCUACUUGGUGUCUAGUGCGUCGGAACUUUGCUGUCUUACUUCGAGUUCGAGUGAUGAGUGGUAGACUGCUAUUUUCCUGGCGUUGGACAACUCAAGAAGUCGCUAGAAAACGGUAUCUACCAACGCAGUACGUUUCUAGACCAUGUCAUUCAGAAAUAGCAACGCUGUUCUUUCCAGAGGAAUGUGAAGAGAGUGAAGAGAAGUCUCCGGAAGAGCCUGGCACACCACCUAAUAAAGAAACACCUUUUCAAAGUGCUCCACAGUCUCAAGAUGUCACUUACACUCUCCGACAUGUUGAAGAAGCUUGGCUUCAUUUACUACGAGCUGGAGAUGUGAAAAAGCUUAAAAAAUUAGCUGUCUGUGCUUUUGAUUUUCUUUUGGCUGCCGUGCAAAUGAUAUCAGUCAGUUAUCUCCGAUGUGUUUUAGAACAUGCAAGGAGAUAUCUACUUGAACGAGAUCUCGAAUUAGUUUACUAUACCAUUCGAAACUCUAGCGACGCUCUGACAAGAGAUCCACUUCAAUUAGGAGCACAAUUGAUAUCUUGGUUACGACCUGUUGUUGAAGAUGGUGGUGACCUUGUCAGUAACAUGAUUACCGCGGCAAUGGCUUGGUGUGAUGGAUAUGCUGCUCCAUUGUUGGUGCCGUUGAAUGGAUGGCUUCAAUCACCGCUACCAUUACAAAUAAAAACACUUCAUUGUCCGCAAGGUGUCAAGCUAGUGGAACCUGCACCCUCCGGCCAACAUGUCAUCGUUAUUCCAGCACAAGGAGAUGCCCAACUGUGGCACGUGAUGUCUGGCCAACUAGUUCACACGUUCAAAGGACACUCUAAUCCAAUUUCCUGUCUGGCUGUCACUCAGCAAUCACAGUAUCUGCUAACUGGAUCUGAAGAUACAUCAAUCAUCGUCUGGGAUAUGAAAGAAUUGUCGUUAAAACGUCGGAUAUGUGAACACAUUGCUCCAGUUUUAACUGUAACACCUGCUCUAAAUAAUUCAGUGAUCGUUAGUGGUGGUGAAGACUCUCGAAUUAUUGCCACAAGUCUUUUAAAUGGCCAAGUUCUCAUGAAAGUAGACCACCAUCGUGGUCCUGUUACUACAGUUAAAGUGGACUCAGCUGGUGAUGUGUUAAUUUCAGGAUCAGCUGACUCCACUGUUUGUCUUUGGUCCUUAGAAAACUUCCAAUUGCUCAAUACUAUUUCUCUACCUUCUCCCGUCGCAAUUCUUGAUGUUUCCGUAGACUCCGUAUUUCUUUUAGCUGUCUGUGAAGACGAUAAACUGUACCUGAGAUCUCUAGCAACUGGGACUGAAAUUCAUAAUCUUCGUGGUCAUCAAGGCCCAGUUAAAAGCUUAUCGAUAGCUAAGGAUUGCAGAAGAGCUGUGGCUGGUGGCACUGAUGGCCGAGUUUCUAUUUUAGAUAUGCACAGUGGCAAACUAAUGAGAGCUCUUUCCACUAAUUAUUCCGUGGACAUUACUUGUGUUAAAGUUAUAGAAAAAGAUGAUUUUCUUAUCACCGCUGGCGGCAAUCGCGUCACCUUUUGGAGUUUUCGUGGCGAGGAAUCUCCAAGGUCUCCAAAGUCAGGGAAACAUGAGACAAUUCAGCCUCAUACAGCACCAAUAACUUGUUUAGAUAUUUCUCGAGAUGGUGCAACAGCAGUGACUGGUGGUAUUGAUUCACUUGUCAAUUUAUGGCAGCUGAAUACUCAUGAAUUGAUGCUGACACUCGAAGGCCAUAUCGCUAGUGUAACAUGUGUGGCAUUCUCAGCUUCUGGUCUCUUUGCGGCGUCUGGCUCUGAAGAUAAAACUGUUCGGGUGUGGGGUCUAACUCUUGGACUCGUCGUAGCAACAUUUCGACAUCAAGCUCCAGUGACUUCUGUCAUUGCUAUGCUGGAUGGUCGACGAGUUAUCAGCUCUGACCACAGUGGUGCUAUUAGAGUAUGGGCAGCUGAUACUGGCACGCUUAUUCAAUCUGUUUGUGGCCCUGGAAAAUGUUUUGCUGUUACAUCAGAUAUGAGAUAUGCUAUCUGCGGUUCUGGCGAUAAUCUAGUGAAGAUUGUUGGCUUGGGAGCAGGUCCAGAAGAAAUUCAUCAAAUCCAACACUCUCAAGACAUCACUUGUCUAGUUGUAACUCCAGAUUCUCAAUCUCUUAUCACUGGAUUCCGAGAUAUGAGUCUCAAAGUGUGGCAAUUGGCUGGUGGAAAACUUUCACAAGUACUUGUUGGUCAUACUGGUACAGUCACUUGUGUUGCUGUCGCUGUUCAAGACCAUCGUAUCGUUGUUUCCGGAUCUAUGGAUGCUAAUCUCAUUGUCUGGGAUAUCAAUACCGGCGACGAUCUACAUACGCUCACUGGUCAUUUGAGCUACAUCACUUGUGUACGAGUCUCAGGGGAUGGUACUUUAGCUGUAUCAGGAAGUGAAGAUAAAAGUCUUUUUGUUUGGGAUACAAAGAAGGGAAUUGCUUUGAGCUCAAUAAUUCUCCAUGUUCCGGUCAUUAACUUGGAAAUGUCUACUGAUUGUUCGAGAAUAGCUCUACAUCUCUUAGAACACAAUCGAUUACCUAUUCUAUGUCUACACAAUACUCCAGCUCAAUAUGUUAAACUACCAGCUUAUGUUGCUCCUAGAGAUUUACGACCACCUGGACCCAAACGACCUGCUAGAAGACUUCUGAAAAAAGAAGUUUCUCUUGAUACUUACACUUGGCAACGAAAGUAUGGACAUUUAACGUCAGGUAUUAUGGUAGCUACUGUUGAAGAAAGGCUUAAGCGUCGUUUUAGUGUUAGUGCUUCAAUGGAAGAGAUUAGCAAAGCUGGACUAACUGGUUCACAGUCAGGUCUCGAUCGAGAACAAGCAGCACUUGCGCAAUCGCAACAUUUCGACCAGCUUGAAGCUCUUUGGAAUAAACAAUCACCUCCAUCAAGACCUCGAGGGCUUGGUAGAACUCUCUCUAAACAAAGUUCUCUUCAGGGAACUCAUAUAUCCGAUUCCGAAGAGGAAGAAGAUUUACCAGGCUAAAAGAAAUUACCGAAAGU